AUGAAGGGACUAAAAGAAUUUCGAAGGUCAUUAAACAAAGACCGAACAUCCGGCGGUCGUCCAGGAGGACAAGCACCAGCUGUGUUCAUGGGUGUGAAAAAUGCGGUUUCCAUCCAACCUCCCAAGAAAGUUAUUCGAGCAACAAGAGAUUAUCGUUCAAGAGCACCGCAAGAGCUAAGUUUCAGCAAAGGAGAUUUCUUUCAUGUUUUGAACGAUGAUAGUACAAAUCCAGAUUGGCUAGAAGCAACCAAUCCUCUCACAAACGCACGCGGUUUAGUGCCAGCAAGUUAUUUCGACAUCUUAAGCAAAGGAGGAAGGUCAGGUAGCGUGGCAGCAGGAGCGGGCAAUGCCGGUGGAGCGCCUUUGAUACCUCCUCAACCUGUUCCAGGGACGAGUGGAACGGCUGCUGGAUCAUCUGUGGUAGCAAAGCAAGGUGGUGGAUUUUAUGCUGUUGUAAAGUUUGACUUUGUUGCUGAAAGGGCGGACGAGCUAGAAGCUUCUGCUGGCGAGCCAAUCAUCGUUAUCGCUCAAUCCAACUUUGAAUGGUUUGUCGCAAAACCGAUUGGACGAUUAGGAGGACCUGGUCUAAUACCGGUCUCUUUUGUUGAAUUGAAGGAUGUGACAAAUGGACAAAAAGUGGAAAAUGUGGACGAUUUGAUCAGCAGGGGAGUGAUUCCAAAGGUGGAAGAAUGGAAAAAGAUGACUGCUGAUUAUAAAAAGAAUACGAUCCCUCUUGGCCGAUUUGACUUCGCCAAUGGACCGGGAGCGGCUGAAGCAGCUGCACAAGCUCAAGCACAAGCAUUUGGUCAGCCUAGUUCGCCUCAAGUACCACCAAAGGAUGGACCUUUCAACCCAAAUUCUUCGCCUACCAACUUCGAUCCAAAUGCAAUGAGCUCGUCUCAGCCUGAAUUACCACCAGGAAUGCCUCCAGGAGAACCGCUUCCGACUGGAAUAGUGACAUCUGCACAAGUCGAUUCCUUCCACUUCGAACAGGGAGAUUACUGGUUCAGAAUUCAAGCUACCCAUAUCGCCGGACAUUCGCCUUCUGCUCCACCUACUGCACCAACAGCACCAGCAGGAGAAGAGCGUGAUUUGAUCCUUUAUCGAUUGUACGAAGACUUUUACGAAUUCCAAAUAGCCCUGCUAGAUCAUUUCCCUGCCGAAGCUGGACGUGAGACGCAGGCGGAUGGUCAACCCAGCGAAAGAAUCCUACCUUUGAUGCCUGGACCGCUAGAGCAAGUUGAUGACUUUAUCACCUCACAAAGGCGGCAGGAUUUGGAUACGUACAUAAAUGAAUUGGUCUCUUUGCCCGAGUAUAUCACAAGAUCUGAACUUGUUCGAUUAUUCUUUGAGCCAAGACCGGGAGAUCAUUGUACUGUUCAACCUCUUCCCGAUACAUCGGCUACGGUGGCAGGUGAUUCAACAGCUGGAACGGCUUCUGCAGCAACUACUGCUGCUACGUCUACACAACAAGAAGCAAACGGACAGAGUAAUGGAACAUCCAAAUAUUCCGAAGAUGCUCCUGUUGGGCCUGGAGGAUUGAGCGUUGAUGAAGCUGCACAAAGGAUUGGCACGAUGGGAAUAAGGGGAUCAACGGGAGAAUUGAGUAAUGGGUAUGGAACGGAAGGAGAUAGAAGAGGAAGUAGUCAAAAUAUCAAAUCCGAUUCAAGAGGAUCUUCAAUGCAUGCUGCCAGUAGUGGUGGUUCAGCAGCCGUGCCUUCAGCACCUUCUCCUGCAUUUAUCAAAAUCAAAAUCUUUAACAGAGCAACGGAUGAUUUGGUAGCAAUACGAGUACCUCCAAAUGUUACCUUUAAUGCAUUAAUGGAAAAGGUCAAAGAAAGAUUAGGAGCAGAUAUUCAAGUUUUGCGUUAUCGUGAUGGCGAUUCUGGACCUAAUGUUAUGAUGCGAUUAAGCGAUGAUGAAGACUUGCAAGACUUCCUAACGACUGGUGACAAGCUACAAUUGUUUGCUGAUAUCAAGUGA